AGGAGGAUUACAGGCAAAUGCAAAAUAGUAAUGUUACCAAGGUAACUAUUUCUCCUAACAAUGGUUCACCUAACUUCAAUUCUAUUACAGAGCAAAUAUCAGAGAGCAAACAGGAUAUGGAAAUAGAUACUUCAUUACCAAAAGAAGUGAUACCAGAAAAAAUACCUCAAGAGAUCAAGUGUCCUACCUCUAAUCCUGCGAUCCAUAAUCAAAAGAGAGUUACCGGGGGUAGCAGAUCACAUAAGAAAAAAGGAAUAGAUGAACUCAAGCACGAAUUAUUCAAUCCCCCUUCAAAAUCUGAUGGUCUAUCCUCUAUAAACCAUAAUAAUGUGUCCGAAAUUUCUGAGAUGGCCCGUCCCAGAAAAAUUACCUAUGACAGCAUUGAUGAAGCCUCACAACAUUUAGCUCAGUUAUGUAACAAAGCCAUCGAUGCCAAAAAUAGAGCAAAUCGAGCUAAUCAGAAAGAAAUUUUAUGUUGGUGCCUCUACUGA